AGCGCAAAAUUAGUUUUCAAUAUUCAAGCAUAUUCAAGUGUUGUCUGUUAUUCAGGUAGAAGGAAGAUUUCUUAAAAUUUUGAAAUAAUGGCUCAUAUGGUGGAUAAUUUAAUUCAACCUAAUAUAGGUUCAGUUACUGAUAAUUUAGUUCCUGAUUGGCUUCAUUCUGAACAAAGUACAGGAACAUCAAUUAUGGCCUGUGAAUUUGAUGGAGGAGUUGUAAUUGGAGCAGAUUCUAGAGCAACAACAGGGGCUUAUAUUUCCAAUCGCUUUGCUGAUAAAUUAACCAAAAUCACAGAUUAUAUCUAUUGCUGUCGUUCAGGUUCUGCAGCAGAUACCCAAGCUAUUUCUGAUAUAGUUGCAUAUCAUUUAAGCCUCCACAAAAUGGAGCUGGGCAUGGAACCAUUAGUAGAAACAGCAGCAAAUGUAUUUCGUGAAUUGUGUUAUAACUACAGAGACUCCUUAAUGGCAGGUAUCUUAGUGGCAGGUUGGGAUAGCCGUAAAGGAGGUCAAGUUUAUAGCAUUCCUCUGGGUGGUAUGUGCGUAAGACAAUCAAUUUCUAUUGGAGGAUCUGGUUCAACUUAUGUAUAUGGUUACAUGGAUUCACAAUACAAGCCAAAUAUGUCAAGGGAUGAAUGUGUAAAAUUAGUUGAAAAUACCUUGGCAUUGGCGAUGUCUCGUGACGGUAGCAGCGGUGGUGUUAUUCGAAUUGGUGUUAUCACAGAAAAGGGCAUUGACAGAAAAGUCAUUUUGGGCAAUGAAUUGCCACGUUUCUAUGAAGGAUAAACGUUAAUUUAUUUAAAUAAGAUACUUAUAGAGAUUUGAUCUUGUAUAAUUUGCAAUUUGUUUCUUAAUUAAAUCAAAAUGGAAUAUAA